AUGAAUUGUGCUAAUGAUUUAUAUCCACAAGAACUGAGUUCAUUAAGAUGGUUAAUUAUACAGUAUAAAUUGAAUUGGAAUAUGACUGCAACUGCUUGCAGUGAUAUUAGCAAAGGUGGUUCAGGAAUGUUGACCUGUAGAGACGACCAAAAUGGAUAUCAAACGAUUAUUAAUUUAAUAGUAAUUACUUCUACCACAGUAGAUCACGGAGAGCCACCUGUUAUAGAUAAAUUGAUAUUACCUAAUUUAGAAACACUUCUAUUCAGUGGUAUUCAAAUUACAAAUUCAACAUAUUCAUUGCUUGGUUUGCUUGAUAACAAUGAAAAUGUCAAUUUAUAUACAAUGACUUUUCAUAAUGCAUAUAUCAUAUCACCGCCUACAUUCCCAUCAAAUAUUAAAUUGAUAACAUUAAAUUUAUUUAAUGUUACUCUAAACUCUGAUUUGAAUUUGAACCAAUUAUUUGUAGGGGUAAACACAACACUAAAUUUAGAAGAAAUAGUAUUCUCCUCCAUUUAUACAUUGCUAUCAGAUUCAUCUGCGAUGACAACAAAAAGUAGAUUAAGCACUAUAACUAUAAAAAAGAUUCCAAAACAAGUAUUUCUAUUUGAAUCCUCGACUUUAAGAAAUAUAGAUAUUGAUAAUGCAAUGAUAGUUCUUGGUGACCUACCGGUUCUUUUUAAUAUCCUUGCAACCAAUUGUGAAUUCUCAACUUCAAAUUUUUCAGUAUUCCCUUCUCUUAGAUCAAUAAAUUUUGACAAUGUUUCCACAUCAAUAGAAAAAGCUUCAGGUUUGAUCUAUGUAAUGUUAAAUAAUACAAAUACUGCAGGUCAAUUACGAGACUAUAAAUCAUUUAAUAGUGCUACAAUCAAAUUAUAUGGAUUACCGAAUAUUAUAACAGGGCUUUAUGAUUCAUUUUGUAGAUUCACUUUGGAUAUACAAUCGACAUUAUUUGAUGGUAAUGUUUCAGAUUGUUUUUAUUGUUAUUGGUCUGAAAUACAAUCAACACUUCCAUCAAAUACUCCAAUUCCUCCCAUUGAUUUUAAAUGCAGUAUAUAUCCUACAAGCAAUGAAUAUGGAACCACAAAUUUAACAUUUUCGACAAUUCAAAACUAUACUUUACAAAUAUAUUGGGGAUUAGAAUUAAGUGUAAAUUUAAUUCAAUCAGAGAAUAUAGAAGGAAACAAUGUUUUAAUAAAAGCAUUUGGAAAAUUUAAUUUACAAGCACCACUUGCAGUCACUGCCACCAGUUUUGGAAAUUCUAAUUGUCAAAUCACAUAUAACACAACAACACAAUUGAAUUAUGACACUAUUUCAAAUAUUAAUAUUUAUAGUUCUCCAAGUAUCUCCAAAUUAGGUUUUCUUAUCAACUAUUACACUAUAAAAAAUCCUAAUGUUGAAAUUAUUGCCAACUUUGGACCUAAUCCAUACAAUGUAUCUGCAAUCAUAUCAAAUUUCCAAAGUCAAACAUCAUUUUUAAAUGAUUCUGUACUUUUAUGUAUAUUACCGGCAGGUUUGGUGGAAAAUACAGUUUAUAAAAUGGUUGUUUAUGCCAAUGGAUAUCAUCAAACAGUCACUCUUUUUAUUCCACCAAAAGAAGAUUGUGGUUCACAAUCAAAAUGUAAUGAGCAUGGAAGUUGUACCGAUGGAAAGUGUAGAUGUGUGAUUAUUCUUCCAAACAACACAGAUCCAUCACCAACAAUCAUCGUUAAAGAUGGAAUGAAUUUCACAUUCAAUAUCAUUGCAAUUCAAGAGAUCGAUGAAUUAAGUUCAGUUGUUAGAGAAUUGAAAACAGAUAAAUGGUCAUAUUCAACAACAGGAAAUGAAACAUUCAGCAUCACAACAUACAGUUUACAAUCAACAACAUCAGGAAUAGAUCAAAUCAAUGCAACAAUCGAAUAUUCAAAGAAUAGUAGAUUGAUUGAAUUUGCAGGACAAUCAACGUUAUAUCCAGAGAAUAGUUUGAAAUUGAUGAUCACAAUCAAUAAUUGGUCAUUCAAAGACAGAUUAAAUCAAUUGAGGAUAUUAAUGGAAUCAAUAUCAUCAAUCAAUAAUAAUAUUGAAGAUUGUUCUGAAUUGGAUAUUACAAAGAACAAUGGAACAGAGUUGAAUUACUUUCGAAUGACAAUCAAUGAUGUAUCGUUUUAUGUUGUCAAUCAAACCAAAGAUAGUAUAUUGAUUGGUAUGACACUUCCUUAUUGUGAUAGUUGUAUAAUAGAUCCCGAUUUUUCAGUGCUGAUCAACACUGAUGUUCAAAGUGAUUGUAAAGAAAAAUCAAAAUUUUCAACUUGGAAGAUUGCAACCAUUGUUGUUGUUCUCUCUGUUGUUUUACUUGCAUCGUCUGUUGGUGUAAUCUUUUUUGUAAAAAAGAAAUUAAAUGUACAAUUAGCAUUAACACAAAAUGUUUUAAAUGAAAAUGAAUUGAUUUCAAUGCGUUUCUUAGCUCAGCAAACCUCCUACAAUCAAAAGAACUCAUCUUAUUCAUUACUGCAACUACUCGAUAACGUUGAUAACGUAAACUUAACAUUUAUCCAAAUUUCAACAUUAAAUUUGGAUGUGCCAUCUGGUUUCCCAAAAUAUAUAAAGAUUAAUAAUCUAAAUUUGAUAAAUAUUAAUAUGCUUCAUGAUAUCUCGUUGAAUGCAUUAUUGAAUAGUUCAGUUGUAAACAUGUUAUUAAAUAACCUUACAUCCACAUCUACUUUUAAGGUGACAUUUGAUACAACUGCAACUGUAAAUCAAAAUAUUCAAAAAUUAGAAAUAUCCAAUGUUCCAUCUUUUGUUGGUCCAUUAAAUAUUACAGAUACAUAUUUUCCAAAACUCAGUGAUAUAAAUUUAGAUUUUAUUACAUAUCAAAAUAUAGAAUUCCACAGUGGAUCUGUUCAAACAUUAAAUGUAAAAAAUUGUGGUUUUAAGAGUGGUGAUCUAAGUUCUUACCCAAUAAAGAUGUUAUCAAUUACCAAUAAUAAAACACCAUUAUUAAAGACUAAAGAUGUUGAUACUCUUACUGUAGUAAAUUCAUCUGUUCCUAUAUUACCAGAUCGAUCAUGGGUUAGCGAAAGAGCUUAUUUUUCACUUCGAGAUACAAAUACAACAGGUCAUUUGGACAAUCCGAUAGCAAAAAACUAUUUAUGGAUAACCGGUACUCAAAAUGUAACUACUACAAUUAAUGAUUCAUUUUGCCAAGUAAGUGAUUUGAAUAUUUUCAAUGCACAAUUGUUGGAUAGCCAUAUUCCAGAAUGUUUCUAUUGCUUUUGGUAUCACGCUUUUUCAAUGGUACCCUCCAACAGCCCCCCACCUCCUCCAAAUUUUAAUUGUAAUAUUUCACUAGAGAAGAAUGGUUUUUAUGUAAAUACAACUGAAAAUAUGUACAUAAAAGGAAAAAACUUGGGAUGGGGAAGAGAUUCCAAUGUUUCUGUGGUUAUUAGUAAUGAAUUAUUCUUAAAAAGAUUUUUACCUUCACUUUCUGGAAAGACAACCAUUUCUUUCUCUACUGUUAAACCCUAUGAUUUUGAUAUAUUUUGGGGACCUCAAUUACAAGUAAAUUAUAUUCAUGAAGAAACAUAUGAUUCCAAUUCUAAACUGUUGUUAUUAUAUGGUGUUUUCAACAUGUAUGCCCCUAUUAGUGUAACAAUACAAGAUACACCCUGUCAGAUUACCUAUAACACAACCUCUCAAUUGAAUUGUGUCAUUCCAAUUAAUACUUUAUCUGGACGCUCAUUAGUGAAUACAUAUGAUACAGUUUCAAUUGUCGGUUUAUAUAUUUCACAACCAUUAAUUAUAAGUAAUAUUUUAUUCAAUGAUAGAAUAUUUAUAAAUGCAAACUUUGGACCGAAUCCAUAUAAUGUAUCUGUUUAUAUUUCAGAUUUUAAUUGCACAAUUUCAUCAAUAAACUCCAAUCAACUUAGUUGUACACCAACUCAGAGUAUUACUAGUUCAUCAUAUAUGGUAUUACUAUAUGCCAAUGGAUUUAGUUCAUCGGCAGAGCUAUUGAUAAAUAAAACAGAUUGUGGAAGUGAUAACCAGUGUAAUGGAAAUGGAAGUUGUACAAAUGGUAAAUGUAGAUGUAAUGAUGGAUAUGGUGGAUACUUUUGCCAAUCGCCAUUAAGCCCAGGUGUGAUCAUUCUUCCAAACAAUACAAUACCAUCACCAACAGUCAUCGUUAAAGAUGGAAUGAAUUUCACAUUCAAUAUCAUUGCAAUUCAAGAGAUAGAUGAAUUAAGUUCAGUUGUAAGAGAAUUGAAAACAGAUAAAUGGUCAUAUUCAACAACAGGAAAUGAAACAUUCAGUAUCACAACAUACAGUUUACAAACUUCGACAGGAGGAAUAGAUCAAAUCAAUGCAACAAUCGAAUAUUCAAAGAAUAGUAGAUUGAUUGAAUUUGCAGGACAAUCAACAUUAUAUCCAGAGAAUAGUUUGAAAUUGAUGAUCACAAUCAAUAAUUGGUCAUUCAAAGACAGGUUAAAUCAAUUGAGGAUAUUAAUGGAAUCAAAAGCAACCAUUGACUUAGAAUGCUCAGAACUAGGUAUUAAAGCAGACAAUGAAUCAAAUGUCAAUUUUAUUCAAAUGACAAACGGUGAUCGAUCAUUCUAUGGUCGAUUCCUUCCUUAUGCGUUGUCAGAUAACCGACCAGUACUCGUUCAAAAUCAAGUUGUCAAUCAAACCAAAGAUAGUAUAUUGAUUGGAAUGACACUUCCUUAUUGCGAUAGCUGUAUAAUAGAUCCCGAUUUCUCGGUACUUAUCAACACUGACGUUCAGGAUAGCUGUAAAGAUAAUAAGUUUGCCACUUGGAAGAUCGUAACCAUUGUUGUAGUAGUGUCUGUUGUAUCAAUAGCUGUUGCAGCAAGCGCUUUUAUUAUCAUCAGAAAGAAACUGAUCUACAAAAAAGAAAACAAUAAGCUAGCAAAUAAACUUAAUAAAUUCUAA